AAAGACAGACAUACGUAUUUAAUUACGGCAUUCGGGCCCGGGGCCCCUCCUACCACAGUGUGGGCUGAUGUUGCGUUCUGCAGCACAAUGAGUAUGAGUAGCUGUGAGUGGAGCGCAGGACGCGCAGAAAACUCUGGUCACACUGGGUCCUGGAAGAGGCUGCAGCGCACUGGGGGUGAUGUGGUGACAGGGACGUGGACACCGUGAUGAUGAACGAACCCACCGCAGCGCUCAGGGAUGCGCCCGUCUUGCAAGGUCUGUGGGAGAGCGUGAGAUCGGGGCAGCAGCAGAUCCUGCUCUCCCCUCACCUGGCCGCGUCCUGCGCCUUCUUGACGCACGUGGCGCUUUGCUCACCUUUCCUCGUGCUGGACGCGCUGGGGAGCGCGUGUCAGCGCGUCCGCUCGUGGAGAAUCGCGGCGGGCUCAGGCCCGCCUCCGUCCCUCCGCCAGUGGUUGGAGUGCUUCUGCAGGGUCCUCUUCAAAUACGCCACAGCGGUGCUGCCCGCGGCGGCGCUCUUCCAGCGGCUGCGGAGCCCCAACUUACCGGAACUGGCCCCGUCCUGCUGGCAGCUGUUCGUGGAAGUGGUGGCAUGCUUCCUGCUGUUUGACGCGCUCUUCUUUUUAUGGCACUACUGCAUGCACAGGGUUCCCUGGUUGUAUCGCACCAUCCACCAGAUGCACCACCAGCACCGUGUUCUCUUCGCGUUGGCAGCCCAGGAUGCCAGCUCAGCUGAGCUUCUGUCCCUGCUGCUCCUUGCUCUGAUCAGUGCCUGGGUGCUGGGCUGCCACCCACUCAGUGAAACCCUCUUCCACUUCCUCAACAGCUGGCUGGCAGUGGAGGACCACUGUGGCUACAACCUGCCCUGGGCUUUACACAGACUACUUCCCUGUAUGGGAGGAUCCCCCCACCACCAAGCCCAUCACAAGAAGCAGAAUAUUAACUUUGCCCCCUACUUUAUCCACUGGGAUUACCUGUUUGGUACAUACGGCACAUCUAUGCUGCAUUCCCAUUAAGAACAAGACAUUUCUAUGCAGUUAUGAGGUGAACUCUGUGUAGAACAGUGCUUCGUUUGGCUUGUUGCCGUCUUUCUUUGAUAGGUAAGGUGAACAAAUGCAGCUGAAUUAAGUGAAGAAGAAGAAAAUCCUGAUAUUUCUACAACAUUACUGAUAUUUUGUAAUUGUACUUAUAAAUCAGUAG